AUGGAAGAGCGCGAUUUGCUUGAAUGCUGUGGAAGCAUCAAGUUUGCAUCGGAGAUGGCUUCUGCUUCUCCAUUCUCCUCGUUGCAACACGCACUCGAUGUGGCCUCCAAUACUUGGUGUAACAAGAUUAAUGUGCAUUCUUGGCUGAUAGCACUCAAUGCUCACACCGAGAUAUAUGCACUUAGCGUGCAAUAUCUGCAAAAGCAUGGAUUUCCAUAUUUUACUAUUUCUUCUGAAUGGGAUGCAGAUGUUAUACUAAUGGAUCUAAAGACAAGCGUUAAAACCAAGCCAUCAUGCGAGUUUGAGUGGGCACGUCGAAAACAAUUAAUCAUCAUUAAACAAUACAUUGCAAGGUUUUUUCAAAAGAAAGGAUAUAUUCGCUCUACAACUGAAUCACCAGAGACCCAUGCUGCGGUAAAAGAUUUUGAUCUCAACAAAAAACCAUUUUGGAAGGAUAAUUUGGAUCCUAUUGCUCGUGAAAAGGCUAGACAAUUUUGUGAAAUUUGGUAUCCAGGAGAAUAUUAUGUCUAG